AUGGAAGAAGUACUAUCUUGGAUUUCGGAAAUUCUUGGUGAAGACUUUACUGGACAGUCAUUCUCUAGUGUUCUUAAAGAUGGUACAGUGUUAUGUAGACUUUUAAAUAAGGUAUGUGGAUAUGACAUUAAAUUUAAAAAGUCUCCUCAACUUUUUGUACAACGCGAAAAUAUUUGUGCGUUUAUCAACGGAUUAAAAAAAUAUGGAAUUAACGAAUAUGAACUAUUUCAGACGAUUGAUCUAUUUGAAGAAAAAAAUCUUAAACAGGUUGCUAUUUCUCUUUACGCCUUAAGCCGUCAACUUCAACAGAAUAAAGAAUUUAAAGGACCAUUUAUUGGGCCAAAAUUGGCACAAAAACAAAAAAUCGAAUUUUCUAAAAAAAUAUUGGAUAAAAGUAAAUAUGGAUUUAAUUUACAGAUGGGAUAUGAUCCAGUGUAUGAAAAAAUAUGUGAAGAACAAUUAAAUAAUUGCAAGAGUAACAAUAAAAAUUAA